GUGAGGGAAAGAUGAUAGCGGCUACAUCGUUCAGUUCAAACUUCCCGCCACCACAAAAGAAACCAACUACACUAACUAACACUUCAACAUCUUUAAACUACAAUACUCAAUUCAUCUCCCUUCUGCUAAACUGUUCCUCUUUGCAAGAACUCCACCAAUUACACGCUCAAUUUGUCAAAACCGGGGCUAUUAAUGAUUCUGUACUUCUCACCAGACUCAUUUCUUUGUGCUCUUUAUUGGAUUUCAGCAACGUCGAAUAUAUUCAUCGCAUUCUUUUUUCUGUUUCGAAUGGGAAUAGGAUUAUCUGGAAUUCUAUAUUCCAGGAAUUUUCAGUUAGUUCAGUUCCAGAACAAAGUUUGUUACUGUUUAUAAAAAUGAUUGAAGGGGACAAAUCUUCUUCUGUAAAUUCUCAUGUCAUUCCUUCAAUUCUUAAGGCUUGUUCAAGGAUAAUGGGAGCUUCUGAAGGAAUCCAGAUUCAUGGAAUAUGUGUCAAGUUGAAUACUAUGGCGGACUCUUAUGUACAAAAUGCUAUGAUUCAGAUGUACUCAAAAUGUGGGCAAUUGUUUGAGGCACGGCAAGUGUUUGAUAAAAUGCCUGAUAAGAAUGUCGUGUCUUGGAACAGUAUUAUAACUUGUUAUGCUGAAUUGGGUAGAUGGGAAGAUGUGAAAAUACUGUUUUGGUUGAUGGUGGAAGAGUCUUUCUUAAUUCCGAAUUCAAUCACACUUGUGAAAAUGAUAUCUGCAUGUACUAAAUCUGGGGAUUUUGAAGCAGGAAAGUGGGUUCAUCAGUAUAUAUUGGAAAAUGGAAUUCGGGUGUGCUUAAAUCUUGGAAAUACUUUAAUGAACAUGUACGCGAAAAUGGGAGAGAUGAAUGAAGCUCGUCGACUGUUUGAUCAGAUGUGGGAACAAGAUGUUGUGUCCUGGACCACAUUGGUUAGUGGGUAUGCAGGGUCUGGCAGUUUGGACGUUGCCCGUGAAUUUUUUGACAGGAUUCCCAAUCGCAAUGUCAUCGCAUGGAAUGCUAUGUUUGCUGGUUAUGUUUCUAAUGGUUGUUUUCUCGAAGCUGUCCUGCUUUUCAGAGACAUGCUGGUUUUCUCUGAGAACCCUGAUAGGGCUACAAUUCUCAGUGUACUUGCAGCAUGUGUGGGAUUAGAAGAUAUAUUUACGGCUAGAACAAUUCAUGGGUUUGUAUGUAAAGGUGGUAUUGAUUGGACAGUUGACUUAGUUAACUGUUUUAUAAGGAUGUAUACCAAGUGUGGCAGCAUGUACUCCGCCGAGUUGUUGUUCAAGAGAAUGCACAUGAAAAAUGAGAUAACGUUUACAACAAUGAUUGUAGGUUAUGUUCAAUGUGGAGCAGAAGAAGUGGCACUUGAGAUUUUCUACAAAAUGCCUUACAAGGAUAUCAUUUCUUGGAAUGCCUUGUUAGCUGUGCUCAAUCAGUGUAGUUAUUUUAAUGAAGCCUUGAGCAUUUUCUUGGAUAUGCUGAGGGCCAAUGUUAGACCUAACAAACUUACCUUGGUUAGCAUGUUGUCUGCCUGUGCUAACGCUGGUGCUUUUGAUCUAGGGCAAUGGAUUCAUGCCUACAUUGAUAGAAAUAACAUUGAAACUGAUAACCACUUGCUCUCUUCACUCAUAGAUAUGUAUGCAAAAUGCGGAAGCAUAGAAAUAGCAGUUGAACUUUUUGCUAAAGUACAGAAUAAGGACCUUUUAAUAUGGAGUAUUAUGAUCCGUGGACUUGCCAUGAAUGGACAUGGAAACCUGGCCUUGGAUCUUUUCGAAGAAAUGCUACAGUUUGGUGUGGAACCAGAUAGUAUCACAUUUAUUGGAGUGUUAAGUGCUUGCAGUCAUGCAGGUUUAGUUGAUAAAGGUCGUCAUUAUUUCGAUAUGAUGACUCGCCUUUAUAAAAUUUCUCCGGAGGCUGAACACUAUAGUUGUAUGGUGGAUAUUUUUGGCCGUCGUGGUCUUUUACUAGAGGCAAAAGAUUUUAUUGAGGACAUACCAAGAAACUGUAAUGAGAAAGCGAUUUGGGGUGCUCUACUUGGUGCUUGCAGAAUACAUGGGAAUGUUGAACUAGCAAAAUAUGCAGCAAAUCAUCUCCUCGAAUUGGAUCCAAAUAGUUCGGGGGGAUAUGUACUACUAUCUAAUAUAUAUGCUGAAACUUCUAACUGGAAUGACGUUGUGGAGGUUCGAAAAUUGAUGAAAAUGAAGGGGGUUGCUAAACUUCCUGGUUGUAGCUGUAUCGAGCUAAAUGGUGUAGUUCAAGAAUUCUUUGCUGGGGACAUUUCUCACCCACAAUGUGAGCAAAUUUACAGGAUCUUAGAAGAACUUGAAAGACACAUGGGAUCAACAGAUAGUGAAUACGAGUAUUAUUCUCUCGACCGACUGCUGUGCCCUCAAAGGUGUCUAAAAAAUUGGGACUAAAAAAGUUAUCUAAUUUGUACAACCAUAACACCACCAUUUUGAGACCUAAAAGGAACUCAAAACCAAGAUGUGACUGGAGUAUCUAGCCGAAGUUUCGAGUCCUUCAACUUUACCACGUGUUUACAAGUCUGCAGAAGGAAAGCACAUGAUAUUGGAUGUGCCAGUGCUUCACUAAGGCUCGUUUAUGGUUGGACAAGUGAAUGCAGUAGCAUGAUUCGAGAUUGUUCUCUUGGCAGGAAUUCAAAAUCACGAUGUUGCUGGAGAAGUUCGUUUAUGUCUACCCAAAGCUCCGAGUCCUUUAAGUGUCCCACCUGUUUAUGAGGCCGCUGAAGCAUUCUACAGCCUUCAACCUUACUAUCACAUUGUUGAUUGAUUUAGAGUUUUCAUUGGUGCUAGCUGAUGAGCACAUGAGUGUAUCUUCUACACGGCAUUACCUUUCAAUGUUUGGUGACCCACAGGUUCAAUUAUGAAUUGGAUAAAUGUACAAUAAGAUGUAUGGAUAUUGUUCUUAUAUUGGCAGUUGUCUUUGACAUCCGAAUCAUGCUUCAAAAGGAUCAAAUAAGGUAAACUUCUGAUGUAGUAAGGACCCAUAUUGAGUUCAUCUGCAGCUGAAUUACUGACUAUCAAGUAAUAAUUCUUUACCUCUAUCCAAACGUCUUCUUUUCUCGUCUUGUUUAUUCCUUUUCAUAGCAAUAAAAGGUUUAACGAUUCUCAUUUAAAAAAUGUAAAAACUGAAAGUGGAACAAAGAAGUUAAAUAGGAGGCAGUAACUGGUUUCUUGUUAUCACAUUGUUAAGACGUCUAGUUUUUGGCUGACUUGCUUGAGUCUGACAUGUUUGAGACUAAAUCCUUGCACCCUCUGGGUGAUUGCUGAAUCUGGCUCAUCCUACAUUAUGAGGUCUAAUGUAAGAUUGUUGCAGUUUCAGGGUUGGAUAGAUGUACACCGAGUCAGGCGGUUUAGACAUUUUUAUCUGUCUUGCCGAUCUCUGAAGAAGAGAUGACCCUGGACCCAAACCACUACCUGAUAUACCAAAAAAAAUUAUUGUCUCAGGUUCGAGUAAGAGUUUGGAAGGGUGUUCCUUUCUCUUAUUUUCUGUGUAAAGAAAGGGUCACGUAGUUUGGUAGAUAUGGCCCAGAAAGAUUAAUUACAGAAACCAUAGCCAGACACCAUUAUCUGUAGUGUGAAAUGAUGAUCUCAAUUCCCAUUUCAGGAAUAAGGGUUUGAUUAGUUACGUUCCACCAAUGAAAAUUUCCUUUUUUUUUUGGUGUUGGACUAAUAUACUCCAUCACAUUCCAUUCUAGAUCUAUAUAUCAAUCACAGUCUUCUUUACACUUCUCCUAGGAUAGAAAAAUCACACUUUCCAUUUAUCUAGUUUAAACUCAUAAAACAUCUUGCUCAUCUUGCACUGGACUAUAACCAUUUUUGUGAAUAAUCUUUGGAAGGAGUUGCGUGCAAAACACCUGGAUUCGACUUGAUUCAAUUAACAUCAAUCCAACUUAACAAUAUAUGAAAAUAGUAAUUGUACUUCUGUCUCGUGGUUCACAUAUUCUAAAACAGCUUUAAUUUGACCCUUUUAUGUCUUCGGAUCUGUCUCUAUGCCAUGGCAAUCCACACGUUCCUCGGUCUUGUAAUAUACGGAGAAUUAUACUAUCCUCUUCCUUGUGCCCAUUAAAACCACCUAGCCGGCACCUGCUACUAUAACCUUGUGUUUGGUUUUUAUGAUUUGGAAUUUGUUGCUUUACAUUUUCUAAGACAGUACGAUUCCAAGUCUUGACUUACUUGUAAAAAUCGUCUCAAUAUUAGAACGGGUUUAGCAAGAAUUCCUAAACAAUUGAAUUCAAGCAUUUAAUGAUAGUCCAGUGUAUUAAUUAAGUACUAAUUAAUUAUUUAAUAAUUAAUGGAAAGAUUCUCUUUACCUUACUCUUUCAGAGAAGAUCUGAAAUGAAAUUUGAUGGAAGUUUCAUUUGUGACUUUGUGUCCAUGGAAGUGAUGGUGAGCCUACAAAUGACACUUGGGAAAGUGGUAGGUAAGUAAGUAGAUUCCUUUCCAUUCCUUUCCUUCUGCCCCCACUCACUCUCUGAAUUAUAUGCCCCUUAUCUCCCUGCUGAGCAUGUUUUUUCCUUAUCUUCAAAGUUUAAAUAUAUUUUGCUCCCUACAAAUAUUUUCUAGACAAUAAACAAACUUGGCUUAACAAACUUUAUAUCAUAUUCUAGUGAAAAACAUAUCAAUUUGAUCCGUUUCUUGAUUUUUCGGAAUUAUUAGAUCUUCUUGGCCAAACUUCACUCUGGUUUUAGAAGAGAAAAAUGCCAAAAUGGCACAUAUGGAAUUGUGUUCAUUUAUAGGGAUAAGCUGGGAACCUUAAAACAAUUGUACAACUCAUUAUUAUUAUUUCCUGUAGGAGAAACACGUAGUUCAAACUUCAAACCAUAAAUAAUUGAGGGAGAGAACUUUGUCUGAAAGAGAUUUACAGCUGAGUAGUAAAUCUCAGACAAAGUGACUCUUCCCACUUGGUUUUGUCUAAAUAUAUCAUAUUCAUAUGGUUUUGGCUCACACCAAAUCACUCAAAGUUUUUAGCUAUAUAGAGAGAAAAGAAUACCGCUGUAUUUCAGUGAUAAUUCAAGUAAAAGUAGUAAUUACUAUAUCAUCAUCACCAACCAUGGCUGGUAUGCUUCCAGGAGUAGAGCUUGCUAGAAGGAGGAGGACUAGUCAUCAUUUCUUUGACAGUAAUUGUCGGGAUUCAACUCGUCAUCAACGAAUUGAUACAUCUAGUACUAUGGAUGAAGCCGCUCAUAAAGCUCGUCGCAGACUCGAACAAAAACUCCGUGGUCUUGCUCCUUCUUCCAGAAGGAAUACAGUACUCCAGACUAACAAUAACAACAGUAGUAAUGAAGGAAGAAGCUCCAGACCUGCAAAAGAAGUUAGAAAGAAAGUAGUGGUAGUAGGGACAAAGUUUGCACAAUUAGAAAGAAUGAAUUCACAGAGAGAAGUUUGUUCCAUUUGCUUGGAAGAAUUUGGGACACCGAGACAGGUUAUGCACUUGCCCUGUUUUCAUAAAUAUCAUUCAGACUGUCUUCAACCAUGGCUCACUAAUCAUUCACAUUGCCCUUACUGUAGAACCCAAGUCCAUCCCCAAUCUCUACCUUGAUUUUCAUUUCUCUUUAUUGUACUUGUUGCUAAGAUGUGUGUUGUUUGGUAUCACUCUUAUUUGAAAGAAUCUGUGAACUAUAUUUGUAAUAGAUAAAACUCAGCAGGUCGACUACAAAUUUGCAGCUUGGUUUGGUCACUCAAAACUGGCCUGAUAUGCCUAAUGGUAGUAUAUCUAUUAUAAAACUAAAGAAUCUUGGCAAAA